CGGCAAGGGAAAAGAAAUACAUCCUGCGGUAGAGUUCACCAUGCGGGGUUCAGUUUAAACGACGCCGUGCACCAUGUGGCUAGUUUUAAGCACACCGUCGUCGUUUCUGUAGUUGUAGUUUGGUCAUCUCUCUUCGACCUGAACAUGUCUGUGAACGCAACACAGCUGGUCCUGAACCAGCUGAUCUACCGCCAUUUGAAGGAGCAUGGUUUCGUUUCAGCUGCAGAGGAGCUCCAGAGGCACAGCCCACAGGGGGAGACAGGCCCAUCAGUGUCUUUAUUGGACAUCUAUAACUCAUGGUUAAAAGACCCAAAAAGGAAAGGGCGUAACUCAUCGAAAUGCUCCAAACCAGGAAAAGGAAAGUCUUCUGCUAAAGCCAAGUCAGCCACACCUAAAAAGAAGACAGAAAAGACAGUUAAAAACCUCAGCUUGCCUCAGUCAUCACCAAAGAAGUCUGUUCCAGUAAAAAGGAAAAAAGCUGAUGAAAAGGCAGGCCAAAGUGUACCUAAAGCGAAGAAAUCCAAGCUUAACACAACAGAAACAGCUGCAGCUGCUGUGGGUGAUGGCUCAGACUCUGACAGCAGUCUGGACGUCGAGAAGUGGAAGAAACUGCUUUACCAGUUCACAGAGGCCGACGUCGCCAAGUUGGAAACCAUCGACGCUCUGACCGCCCCUGAACCUAAGAAAAAGAGAGUCAGAAAGUCACGAGCCAAGCCUCUGUCCAAAGCAAACACGCCUGUCCAGCAAAAGGGUGAGACGGUUAUACAGAAGGAAAAGGGCGAGGAGAAAGCUGCGACACAGACACCAACGAAGAAGAAUACGGCAAAGAAGAGCCCAAAUAAAAGAGCAAAAAGUGUAGAGGACACCUCCAUGCCUCCACCUGAAAAACCAACACAAUUACAAGAAAUGUCUGUCCCUGUGAACGCCGAGGACCAUAAAACAGAUGGAACAGAGGUGGCACCUGAGCCCAAGAAAAAGAAGAAAAAGAAAGAAAAGGAGGACAAGACAGAAGGGAAGACAAAUGGUGAUGGAACAGGAAAUGACAGGAAGCAGAAGAGGAGUGAAAUCACAGAGCGGGAAGAUGCGAAGACAGAGAACGAAGUAGGAAAGAUUGGAGAGAGCAACGGUACCAAUGAGAACAUUUCCGAGUUAGGUUUACAGAAAAAGAAAGCAAAAAAGAAGGAAAAAGAGAAAGCCAGAAGUGAGGAAAAUUUAGCUCAAACAGGUGAAAAGACAAAGAAAAAUACGGCUGGUGAUAAAGGAAAUACAGAGCAACUAGUUGGAGAAAUAAACCUACCUGCAACUGAAGUUGGAAUCGACAAGAACUCUGAGCAAAGUGCUCAGGAUAAAAAAGCAAAGAAAAAGAAAGGGAAAAACAAUACGGAGGGAAAUUUAGAGCAUGUAACUGCGGCAGAGGAAGCAAACAUUCAGCAAAACAUUAUAGAUGAACAACAUUCAGAGCAAAUAGGUCAGAAAAAGAAAAAGAAGAAAAAAGAGAAAACGGGCAACAAGGAAAAUUCCACCCAAAUAGAUGAAAAAAAGGAAGAGAAGAAAGGGAUGGUUAAUAAUGAAGGGAAUGCAGAACAAACAAAUGAUAAUGUAAAAGCAAAUGCAGAGCAAAUAAUAAAUACAAAUGAACUUGGAGACAACGAGAAAUCCGAGCAAAAUGUUGAGGGAGAGAAGGCAAAGAAAAGGAAAGAGAAGAAAAAUGUGGAGGGAAAUUUAACAAUCGAACAAAAUGUUGAUGAUAAAGAAAAUUCUGAGCAAAUGAGUGAGAAAAAAAAGAAGAAGAAGAAAAAAAAAGAGUCUGUUGGCAGCGAAGAAGCCCCAGAGGAAGUGGCUCGGGAAAAGAAACUAAAACACAAGAAUGAGAAGUCCGAUAAAAACGAAUUAGAGCAGACGGUUGAAGAAGAGAACCCCAACGAUGAAGGUGGUGUCACUGAAAAUAAAUCUACAUUAGCAACAUCAGAGUGCAGCCUGGAAACCACGACUCCUGCAAAAAAGAAGAAGAAGAAAAAUGAGUCUGUUGGCAGCGAAGAAGUCCCAGAGGAAGUGGCUCGGGAAAAGAAACUAAAACACAAGAACGAGAAGUCCGAUAAGAACGAUUUAGAGCGGUCGGUAGAAGAAGAGAACCCCAACGAUGAAGGUGGUUGUACUGAAAAUAAAUCUACACUAGAGACAUCAGAGUGCAGCCUGGAAACCACAACUCCUGCAAAAAAGAAGAAGAAAAAGAAAAACAAAUUAAAAACAGACAAGCUCCCGGAGGAAGCUGACAUUUCUCCACAAGACGUCUCAGCAACACAAACCAACUCAGUCGACGUCCACAAAAAGAAAAAAAAAUCCAAGAGCACAGAGUCCUGACAGGACCCGAGUCCUCCACCCUGCUCAGGACGAAGCCGUUCGCCAUUUCUGUCCCUGUCUAACCAGGACUGCACGGUUAGAAGCUCCCCGUGAAAAACUGUAAAUAGCAAUGGAUAUUUUAACUGUGGUACAGUUUUUACUUUUUUAAAUACUUUUUUAAAGCACUCUGUAAGAAGUAAAUGUGUGUUUCUCCAUAUGCUCCGUUAGUGUCUUGAAGUUCACCUGGGAACCAUCUAAAGGAAUUCCCUGAACCCAGAGUUCACUUUUUAUCGUGAUUCAAGAACUGUAUUUAAUUUACUCGUCCAGAUGUAUUCUGUGUAACACAAAUAUUUUGCGGAUAAGGAAAAUAGGCAAACAUUUUUACCAGCUUUGUAUUUAAGGAAAGUUUUAUGAUUGUUUUUUUUUUGUGUGGGUUUAGGGUAUUUUAAAAAGCUUAUUUUCUCCAACAAAGAUUAUUUUAUUGCAACAUUUCAACCACAUGACUGCUUGUAAUACAAAAUAAACACCAUAGUUUUGUAUUAGACUGUACUCGUCUUCCCUCUAGUGUUGUACCAUGUAGAGCAUUUAAUUGCUACAGUACAUAUGGACAGUAUCCUUUAUUUGGUUCUACCAUAUCAAAAACUAUGAAUUGUGAUUUCUGCUCUCAGAAAUGGUAGACAUACCAGAACUUGGACCGGAAUGAAAAACAGUUUUUCUUAUAGGAGCUCUCAGUCAUAAGAAUUCAGUAUUUUCUUCUCGACAUGAAUAACAAUCUUAGCCGCAUGCUUUCUUCCACCUGACAGGAUCGCGUGUCACAACUUCUAGGUUUUUACACUUUCUUUUAUUGCAGUAGCAGAAUGUCUUGCUAAAAAAAAAAAUACAACCUUCAAUUUCACUACAUAUGUAUAUUCAGUGGAUUGAAAAUAUGUCAAAUAAUUGUUUGUUUUUUAAAAAGAUGAACAAGUGGCACAGUUUGUGAUGCAAAUUGUCCAUUAAACAAGGUGAAUAAAAUAACUUA